AUGCACUAUCUUCUUCGGCCAGCUAAUUUAGCAUUGCUCUAUAGCUUUGUAUUAAGUAAAUCUGUCCAGAUAACUACAAGAAACAAUGACUUAGGUGAUGGAACAGCUGUGUACGAAGGAGACAUCCUCUUGAGAAGAGGGCAACGCAGUGCAAUUAACUGUGAGAGUUGUUUAUGGCCCAAGUCACAAGAUGGACUAGUCAAGGUUCCCAUUAACAUCUCUUCUGAUUUCUCGGUAACAGAGAGGUCUUGGAUUGCUGAUGCUCUGCAAGAGGUUUCCACACUGACUUGUGUGCAGUUUGUAAACCGCACUACAGAAGCAGACUAUGUGCACAUUGAACGUGGGCAGAGCUGCUGGUCUUACUUUGGAAAAAUUGGAGGACGUCAAGCACUAGGCCUGAUGAAAAAUGGCUGCAUGGAUAAAGGAGCAAUUCAGCAUGAAAUGAACCAUGCACUGGGCCUCAUCCACGAACAAGCACGGAGUGACCGGGACAGUUUUGUCAAGAUCAUGUGGGAACAUAUUUUGUCAGGAGAACAAGGAAACUUUGGGAAAGUGAAUUCCAAAAAUCUUGGUCUUCCCUAUGACUAUUCUUCUGUGAUGCACUAUGGCGCGUUUGAUUUCUCUAGCACUCCUGGGGAACCAACUAUUGUACCAAUUCCUGACCCCUCUGUACCCAUUGGACAGAGAGAAGGACUGAGUAACUUGGAUGUGGCUAAAAUCAACAAGCUCUACAAGUGCAAUUGCUGUAGCUCUGUGUUACCUAAACAUGAAGGCUCCUUCUCUUCCAUCAAUUAUCCAUCCCCCUACCCAAACAACAGCAACUGCCUGUGGUUGAUCCGCAUCCCUCAGAAUAAGGUUUUCCUGCAGUUUGAGGCUUUUGAUCUUCAACUCUCCUCAGGCUGUUCUUCUGACUAUGUAAAAAUUUACAAUGGAAACAGCAAGAAUGCUCUGGUUUUGCUGGACAAGUAUUGUGGGAAGGGGCCACUACCUUCCUUAGUUGCUUCUGGAUCCACAAUGCUGAUAGAGUUUGCAAGUGAUGAGACCAUUACAGCCACAGGAUUCAGAGCCUCCUACAUCAGGGUGAAUUGUGGGGAUACUUUCACAGUCUCAAAUGGAGUCAUCACCUCUCCAAAUUACCCCAACAAAUACCCUAAAAACCAAGCAUGCUUCUGGAUCAUCAGUUCUCCAGUAGGAUACAAGAUAUCUCUAAAAAUGUUAUCUUUUGAGCUGGAAGAUGAUGACAGCUGCAUCUAUGACUACCUGCUCAUACAUGACGGAAGUCGACCUAGUUCACCUGCAGUUGGCCCAUACUGUGGCACAAAGAAGGUUGCAGACUUCACUUCCACUGGGAACUUUGUACUGGUUGAAUUUCACAGUGACAUAGCAUGGGAGUUUAGUGGAUUCAAGAUGAAUUACACAUUUGGUAGGUAG